UUAUCUGCUGUCCUGUCCCUUUCUCGAAAAUUGUGAAUUUCUCUUCACUAUAUCCAUAGAAAGCCCACUUUUGUAACGUUCACCCUUCUCGAAUCAGUCAUUUCGAUGCGUUAACCCGGAUAUCAAAGGCCUAUCGUCCUGUCUGACAAUUUCGGCGAGAACGAUACUGAAUUGAGAGUUUUCCAGACUGCCUGUUUUCUGCGCUUGUAUGUUCUUGUAUGUUUGUUUCCAGACGAAUGACAUGCAUUCGGAAUGAGUGUGUCUCCAACGCCAGCAACAUGCCACUACUAUUACCUCAUUAUCAUCAUCGUGCUGGCUCUUCUUCAAAUUGACCUGACAAAUGGGACACUCUGCUAUACGCCAAAUGGUGACGUGUCGAAUGAUGUGCCAUGUAACGACACAGGAGCUGCGAGUGUAUGCUGCACGCAGGGCUUCCUGUGCACUUCUAAUGGCCUUUGCCAGCCAGAGGGCUGGUGGGAUGGAACAACGGGGAAUAAGCUCCAAUUUAUUAGAGGGACUUGUUCGGAUAAGACAUGGUCUUCGCCAGCGUGUUUCGGGCAUUGUGUUGCAGAGAGCAUGGGAGGAGGCGAAUGGGUCAUGCGCUGUGGAGCGAAUUCGAAUAAUUACUGCUGCUCUGCCGACGAUUGUUGUAAUCGAUCUUCUUCUUUCCCACAGUUCACCUUGGGGAAUCCAACCAUCACGGCAACAGCUGGUUUCGAAGCAGGGUACACGAGUUCAGCAGUUUCGUCUCUAUCAGGGUCCAUAGCAGCACCGACGCCUAUUUUCAUAAAUUCUACUUUCGCAAACUCGACCUCUUCUUCAUCGACAGGGAAUGCAACGGCAUCGGUGCCUUCAUCCAGCAGUGGACACUCUCAGACAAACACAAGCACCAUUAUCGGUUUAGUCGUUGGCCUGGGAGUUGGCUUGUUCCUUCUCGGUUGCCUGGUCAGUUUCCUUUUCUUCCGUACACAGAGGAAGAGGAGCAUCAAAUCAGCUGCGAUGCAAAAUGUCUCUAUUGUUUCCGAGCCCGUGAAUACUAUAUGGGGGGAGCUGGAGCAUCCUAGCUGCAUUGCAGAACUGGAUGGGACACGGACGACUAGAUCAGAGAUGCUGUGAAUUUAACAUGAUGCUUGGAAUUUUAUAAAGAUAUUAGACGAAG